AUGUCCAGAAAACCAGUUAAAGGCGAGUAUAUCGAAACCGAUACAGGGAACAAGGUCUCGAGGAAGGCCAUCCUGAUCGGAACUCAGCACAUCAUGUUAGGCGGCAAGACCAUCAUUCAGGCCGAAGCCAUGAUUCGCGGCGAUCUAGCGAGGACCGGGCAAGCUGUAUCAGGCUCAGCCGCUGCUCCUGGCAGCAAUACGGCCGUGGCUAUCGGUCGUUAUUGUUAUCUGAGUAAAGGAUGCUGUUUGCGCCCUCCAGGUCGCAUAUAUAAAGGAUCCUUCACCUUCCUCCCACUCCGAUUAGGCGACCAUGUUUUUAUCGGCGAGGGCACCGUCGUCCAAGCAGCAACCGUCGGCAGCCACGUAUACAUCGGCCAGAAUGUCGUCGUUGGCGAAUUUGCUAUCAUUAAAGACUACGUCCGCGUUCUUGAAGGUACCGUUAUACCCCCAAAUAUGGUCAUACCGAGCUUCAGUAUCGUUGCUGGCCAACCAGCCAGAGUUAUCGGCGAGGUACCCGAAGGUGGCCACGAGGCAUUCGAGCUCCGAGAGCUUUACAAGACGGUUGGAAAUAACCCACAGCCGCUACCCGUCUAA